AUCGGCUUUCUCUCCAACUCGCAUAUCAUGGCAAACUUAGAACCAACCACCGCAGGAAACCAUGUCGCCGCCAAAAUACCUUACAGGUACGUAGCUUGGGGCCUCCUGCCCGAUCCUGUUUCCCGCCGGGUACAUAACGUGACUGAGGGCCUUCGGGCCGAGUUCGGUGGGCCGGAGAUAAUGGUGCCCCACGUACCAAUUUUAGGGUCCAUCAUUUUGACGGAGGAAGACGCCGUCAGAACCUUCCGGCAAGCCUGCGAGGUCGUCGGUCCUAUUCAUUGUAACGUCACUCAUGUCACUACCAGUCCCUUCUAUUACCAGUGUGUUCACCUCUUCAUUGAUCCUGACGAUAAGGUAGUUUAUCACGACUUGUUUUUAGUUAUGCAUGAACAUGAUUACAUGGAAUUCGGUUUUUGUACUAUAGGUAUUAUGCCACAACUGAGUCUACUUUGGGGGGAGCUGACAGAUGAAGAGAAAGAAAGAGCUCAAGAACAAGUUAGUCUUCUGGAUGAGACCAUUACCAGCUUCAAUUUCACCAUAGAUCGCCUUGCAUUGUACAAAUGUAACGAUGAAGACAGAACUCAACACUCCUGGGAGAAGAUUCUUGAGCUCCAUCUUCAUUAGGUUAUAGCUCUUUCAGCAUCUCGCUCGCUCUAUAA